AUGCAGCCUACUACCGACAGCAAGAAGCCCCGUGAGCGCGCCGUCAGCUCAGACAAUGCCAAUCCCACCAUCGUGCUCAAUCUGCCGGGUUUCCGCCUUGCCGUGCUGACUAGCGCCUAUGACUCGCUGCUACGUUUUGAUGUCACCCUCAGCUCGGCUGCAUCGCUGCUGCUCGGCACAUACGUCGCCUGUGUGCUUGCCUGGAACAUCCUCUCGGUCGUUCUUACCUCGCUGGCACAUACUGCAGCGUUCGCGCUCAUCAGCUUCUACACGUUUAUCGGCCUCGCCAUGCUGUCCAUGGAUACAGCAGACGAAGCAACUGCUUUCAAGAGAAAGGAGCUCCAGGCCCCGGCUGCUCGUCGUCGUGUGCUGGCGCACCUCAAUAGAAAUCGCCUUUUGGUCAAUGUGGUUCCGGGAGACAUACGCCGCCGUGUGGAUAUGAAUCUAGGCGAAGCGAGCAUUCGCGUCGGCAAAGCAUUCGUGCAGGCGGUGCCUGACAAGCGCAAACCCCGUGAUAUUUACCUUGUACGUGUGGACUGCGGCGCCCAGUCGGCUACUCAGGAAAAACACAUGAACCCCGUAAUUAUGUGGGACAUAACUGCAACCUUUGGCGAGUUCAAGCAACUCGAGCGUGACCUUAAGAAGGAACUCAAGGCGAAUAAGCAGUCGCGUGACGUCAAGGUGCCGCACAUCUCGAGCGGCGCUGUGCUCUUCGUGCAGCCCGAGCUCACGGACCACGUGCUCAAUGCGCGCCGAGUACGUCUGCAGACGUUUAUCGACGCUGUGCGCUCCGACCCAGUGCUCUCCUCCACGGGAUGCUUGCGCAAAUUUUGUCAAGCGUACUAAUGUGCUAUCCCGUUGCUCUCUCUGACCGAAGGAGGGUUUUGCAACGGGAGAGAAGAUCGUGCUGCUUCGAAUGGAGAACGAAUCCAUCCGCGGUGGACACGAAAAUGAAGAUACCAAAGCUUCAAUUGUAUGUAUGAGUGGGUAUUCAAGACAGGCGCCAUCGGGCCACCGUAGUGGGAGGUGACGACGUUUCUCGACGAUCGAAUGCGGCGUUUUCUUAUGCAAAUUAUAAACACGAUCGCGCGUAGCCACUCUGACGGGAGUACGCUACGCACGAACUAAAGGCGAGCAACACAGCAACCGUGUGACGCUUGAGCCGACCGGAGGCCAAUAGUACAGAGAUCGACUACAUGACAAUCUUUGCGAACGCAGGGAGAAAAAAAUGUAAAUAAUGUAAAGUUGCU